UUGAUUUGUCAUGGCUAAGAAGACUCCCAACAGUAAGGCUGAGGCUGCUAAUGCAAAGAAGGGUGCUGCAAAGGCCGAAAAGGACAAGGCAAAGGCCAACGAAGUAGCUGCCAAGGAAGCCGAGGAGUGGUCCCAGGGUGCCAAGGGUAAAGGUAAAAAGGACAAUGACGCCGAGAAAAAGGCUGCUGCUUUGGCUAAGAAGCAGGAAGCUGCCCGUAUUUUGGCUGAAGAAGAAAAGAACUUGCCCAAGGCCAAACCCAAGGGUGAUAAAAUCGCUGCCAAGAAGUCUGCUAAGGUCGAAGCUGCUUCUCAAUCUAGACGUGUUAUUCCCGAGUUCGCAGCCACCAACAUUGAUGAUGCUCUUGACUUGCUCACACUUGGUGACGGAAACUCGCCUGUGAAGUCCAAGGAUAUCGAGAAGCAUCCCGAGCGUCGCUUCAAGGCAGCUUUGGCUGCAUUCGAGGAAAGAGAGACCCCUCGUUUCAAGCAAGAGAACCCCGGACUUCGUUUGAGUCAGUUGAAGGACAUCAUGUACAAGGCUUUCCAAAAGUCACCCGACAACCCCUUCAACCAGGCAAACAUCUUGGCUUACAAUGCCACUAUGGAUGAUGCCAAGGAUCUCAAGACUCAACGUCGCGAUGAACUCGAGAACCGUCUUCGAACCACUUAAACAACAUGAAAAUCUCCUUUCCCUCUCCAUUUAUUGUUUUUAAAAAAAUCAACUCCUCACUCACAUUUAGUGUCUAUUUUACAUAAAAAUCACAUAUAUAUUCCUUUCCCAAUUCGCCUUUUUUGCAUCCCCCAACUCGUUUUUCUUUCUAUACUUCUUUAUUUCUAUAGUAUCACUAUCCUCUUCAUUUUCACUUCUUUUAUAUAUAUACAUGUAUAUGUAUCGUACUGUAUUUUCUCCUUUAGUUUUAUGGUUCAUCCAACAGCAAGUACAUAGUAGAUCUAUACAUAUAUAUAAAAUAAAAAAUAACAUCUUGCACUCCAUAA